AUGGGAAAACAGGCUUUGAGGUCGCUGGUGAAGGUGGACACCAAGAAGGAUGCUUGGACUUGCGAAUAUCUGCAUAAUCGCUGGCAUCCCGACAUUCCUUUCGCUGGGACGAUCAAGAAUGGCGAGACGGUCGUCAUCGGCUGUGUAGACUGGACGGGUGGCCAGAUCGGGAACAACGACAGCGCCAACGACGUCCGAGACGUUGACCUCACUCGAGUACACUAUCUGAGCGGACCCUUCGAGGUCGAGACGGCUGAGCCUGGCGAUAUCCUUCUCGUCGAAAUCCAAGACGUCCAGCCCCUACCAGACCAGCCGUGGGGAUUUACUGGUGUGUUUUCGAAAGAGAAUGGUGGUGGGUUCUUGGAUGAAAUUUACCCCAAGCCGGCCAAAGCAAUCUGGGACUUUGAAGGAAUAAAUUGCAGCUCUCGCCACAUCCCUGGCGUCAAGUUCGCCGGUCUUAUUCAUCCUGGCAUCCUGGGGUGUGCCCCAUCGCACGAGGUGUUGAAGAAAUGGAACGAUCGCGAAGCGCAGCUCAUUCAAGAGUGCAGCCACAUGGACCGCGUCGUUGCUCUUCCACCCGAGCCUCAAUCCUGCCACGUCGGUAGCGGAGAUGCUGCUCUCAGGGAGAAAGUUGGCCGUGAAGGGGCGCGGACUGUCCCCGGACGUCCCGAGCAUGGAGCUGCCAAAUGGAACUGCGAUAUCAAGAACCUGAGUCGCGGAUCGAAGGUUUACCUCCCAGUCCAUGUAAAAGGGGCCAAGUUUAGCGUGGGAGACCUCCACUUCAGCCAGGGCGACGGCGAGAUCAGUUUCUGCGGCGCCAUUGAGAUGGCCGGCGAGAUUACGAUAAAUUUCAAGGUCAUCAAGAAUGGCAUUGCUUCACUGGCCGCCUCAUCGCCGAUUUAUAUCCCUGGACCGGUCGAGCCGCAGUUCGGUCCUGGCCGUUACAUCUACUUUGAAGGGUUUUCAGUCGAUGAGCAUGGUCGUCAACACUACCUUGACGCGACUGUGGCGUACCGGCAGACCACCCUCCGUUGUAUCGAGUAUCUGAAGCGGUUUGGCUACGACGACUACCAGAUCUAUCUAUUAUUGAGUUGCGCGCCUGUCCAGGGGCAUCUAGCGGGCAUUGUCGAUAUUCCCAACGCGUGCACUACAAUGGGUCUCCCGAUCGAUAUAUUUGACUUCGACAUAAGGCCGGAGGCGAAGGUUGAGAAGCGCGAACUUGGGUCCUGUGCUUUCGCCAGCUGA